AUGGGACAUAAGGAACUCACUAAUGAUCAAAGGAGACAUCUAGUUGAAUUUUUGCUUCAACAAAGUCCUCAUGGAAAUGUACAACGAGGUGGCUUCAAAUCAGCAAUAACAAAGUUCAAAAUCUGCAGAAGGCAAGUUUACAACAUAUGGAAAAGAGCAAAGCAGUGCAAGGCGCGUGGCAUGCCCAUUGAUGUUAACUCAUUGAAAGGGAGAUGCGGAAGGAAGGGCUUGAAUUUUGAUAUUCAACGAAUUGCUGAAGUUCCAUUGCAGAAACGAACCUCAAUUAGAUCACUUGCAAUUGCCUUAGGAGCAUCGAAGUCCUCCAUUCACAGGACAGAUUCUACACCUUUAGAUCCCCUUUUUAGAGAAAUGUUUAACACUAUUCAUGUUGAUGAAAAGUGGUUUUACAUCACAAAAUGCAAGGACACUUACUACCUUCUCCCACAUGAAAAACACCCUUAUAGGCAUACCAAAAGUAAACGUUUCAUAGCAAAGGUCAUGUUUCUUGCGGCAGUUGCAAGACCAAGGUUCAAUGCAGCAGGAGAAUGUACUUUUGAUGGGAAAUUAGGAAUGUUUCCUUUUGUGCAUUGGGUGGCAGCAAAGAGGAGAAGUGACAACAGACCUCGGGGCACAUUAGAGUUGAAGCCAAUCACUAAAGUGAACAGAGUAGAGUACAGAAAAAUGCUCAUAGAGAAGUUGUUGCCAUCAAUUGUAGCAAAUUGGCCGGGGUUAGGGCAAGGGACAAUUUACAUUCAACAAGACAACGCGAGGCCACACAUUGAUGGUGCUGAUGUGGAGUUUCGUAAGGCAGUAAAUGAGCUGAAUUUAGACUUGCAAUUAAUUAACCAACCCCCCAAUAGUCCAGAUAUGAAUAUCCUAGAUUUGGGAUUUUUUAGGGCCAUUCAAUCUUUGAAGGAUCAAACCUCCCCCAAAAACUUUGAACAACUUGUUGCAAAUUGUCAAGAAGCUUUCAAUUCAAUACUCCCCAAUUCACUCAAUUAUGUUUUCCUAACUCUACAAUUAUGCAUGAUAGAGAUUAUGAAGGUAAGGGGAGGCAAUAAUUACGAUCAAGUCCAUGUAGGAAAGCAAAGACUAGAAAGAAUAGGACAACUUCCCAUUACAUUCAACCCCUCUCCAACUUUGGUGCAAGAGUGUGUGUUCUACUUACAGAACAUGAAUGAGUAA